UCUCACAUAUAUUUCCCUUCUUGUACGUUAAAUAAGAGAUGUUUUUACAGCAUAAGUGAUUUUAACCAUGCUUUGUUGGAUGUAUUAAAUAUUCUCUUCAAAAAAAGAUGUUUGGUCGAACUUAUAGAAAUUUGCAAUUGUUUGGCCAUCACACUUUGGCUGUAUUUUGUAGAAAUUACAGAAAAGAAACCUCCGCCGAUCAUUUAGGAAUAACUUUUUUUGUUAAGAACAUAGGUUCGAGCGCUAGUAAGUGGAAAGCAAUUUUAAAAAAAUAUCCUACGUUGCAAACGUUGAAAGAAAAGGAAGUUAUCAAUACUGUGGAAGUCCUAAAGAAACUAAACUUUAAUGUGGAUGAUAUAAUAUUAAAACCUACAAUUCUGUGUACUGGCACACAUUCGUUAAAGAAUCGUUAUUAUGUCUUAAAAGAAUGCGGCUUUAAUAAUAUAUCCAUAUCUUUGCUAUCCCGUUAUUUAGUGGCUAUGAAUAAAGACGUUGGCACGUUAAAGUCUUUCAAUCAUAUCCCCUAUGACUUAGAUGUUAUAGAGAAACUAAGGCAAACGUUUACCGAUAUUGAUAUCCAAUUGCCCGAUGAUAUGGUUUGCAAUGAAAAUAUAGAAUUAAAAGCCUUAAGGCAACACUUUAUGAGCUACUAUUUGCAACAAAGGCUGAAUUGGAAUCAAAACGAUACCACAAAACUGUGGAGCGCAUACGGGCGUAUUAGACAUAAAAGUUUUUAUUCAGUACAAAAAAUGAUAAAAUUGCUUUCAGAAGAGUUACAAUUUAGCUCGGAACGUAUAAGCAAGAAUGCUUUUACUCUGUGUGCCGACUUUCAAAACGUCGAACGGAUUUUAAGGGACAUACCAUCUAUCGAUGGUGAGGAUAUACGGGAAAUAUUACACAAAUUUCCAAAAAUUAUGAUGUCGCCGUGCAAUGCGUUGAUAACUACUUUAAAACACAUCAAGGAUUAUGGCAUAAAAGAAGAUGCUGUGCUAAGGUGUUUAGAAGUGUUAACAUUGGGACCUGACACGGUUUUAGAACGUUUAAAAGAUUUAAACGAAGUAGAGGAAUUUCAAGUUUUAAAUUGCAAUCCAAGAGUAUUAAGAUUAGUACAUUAUCAGAAUAAAGCACGACUUCGUUUAGAAUAUCUAAAUCAGUUAAAAGUACGUUGUGUCUCCUUGCACAUAUUAUCAUGCAGUUCAGAUACUUUUGCCAGAUUUGCUCGGGAUGGCGAAGAUCGUACUAGGGGACGAGAUAUCGUAGUCUAUUUGGCUCAUGUUUUGAACAAAGAAGUCGCAGAUUUACGCAAUGUUAUGUCGCGACAUCCCAAUUGGUGCCAUAUACCUAUCGUACACGUAAAGCAAUGCUAUGAAUUUCUCUUGAAUAACGAGUUUUCAAAAGCUGAUAUUUACGACAACAUGCAUUUGUUGUUAUAUCCCAUCAAACGAAUUGAUGAGAAAUUACAAUUGCUACGCUUGCCUGACUUUCUGCAGCAAUUGCAACUAGAUUACAAGGACCCAUUAAAUAAAAAGGACAUUUUAGCAUUGACUCUCUAUUUAAUUGAGAGUGAAUAUCAUUUCACCGGUGACGGAGUAUGGGCGGAACGGGUUGGUCAACAAGUGGAGAAUUUUAAAAAUUUACUGCCAGAUUUUCCAGAAGGUUUAACCAAAGUUUGCAGAUAUGGUACUAAGCCAGCAGCUGCUGCCAUCAGUUAAAGAGGUUUCUUGCUAAUGUAUCUGUAAUGUUAUGUGUUAUAUUGCAUAUGAAUUAUAUUACUUAAUUA